AUAGAGCUUGCAAACGGCCUACCAAAUAAACAGAAAACUGAGGUUAAAAGAUUGCUAAUCAGUAAUGACUUGAAGACUGGUUUUGAUCUUGCUGAACCAGUUAAAAGACAAACAAUCAAUUCACAUUUUUAG